AAUUUGUUUGCACUGUCUCGUGAAAAAGAUAUUGGAUAUAUAGUGGACUCAAGGUUGUUGGGUCGCAAAACCGAACGGUUUGAAUCGAACCAAACAUCUGGAAACGUACCGAAAGAACAGGAGUUGGGCUCAAACAAGUCAAUUGGUUUGCAUUACUUCGAGAAAAAGAUAUUGGAUUUUCGAACUUGAAUUUUCAUCUACCCUCUUCUCACGCUACUGUUCACCCACGUCGUAGUUAAGGUACCUUCUUGUUAGGCACGAACCACUACUGUUGCUCCCUCUCUUGACUUGCUCACUCUAUGGUGCGAAUAAGUUCUUUGAAACUUCUUUAUGUCCAAUCACUUUUUUGUAUAUUUUCUAUAUCAUCCUUUCUUUUCGGUCUGUUUUCCCCAUCGGUGGUAGAUAUCCUCUCUCUUCCUUUUUUAAGUAUAUAUGAAAUUUACAAGCUUUUUACUUUCCAUCUGGUGACAGACGAGUUUUGCGUUUUCAUUUUAACCAUUCCAGCAAUAUUUGUGUAUACAAAGCUUGUACUUGAUGCAUGGAGCAAAGUCGAAAUACUCUUCUAUUACUGGUUUGUGAAUACGAUUGCUGCAAUAUUCACGAUUAUUCCGGCGAUUUUCUUCUCUGAUAACAUUUCUGUCAGUCGGAUAAAUGGAAAUUCCGCAUUUCUAUCUUCUGUUCUUGUAGUUCUUAUCCAGUUAAAGUCGGAUCAGUCACUUGUCAAUAUUAAGUUUUUAAACCUGAAAUCUCAGUAUGGUCUUCCUAUUGUAUCGAUUAUAUUCCUAUGUUUGUGGUUAAUACGGUUCCUCAGGCUUUCUUCUGUUAUUCUUUUUUGUACUGGGGUCCUGUGUAGUUGGUGUUACCUUCGCUUUCUACAGCGUCAUCCUCAAGGAAGGAGGGGUGACUAUCGGUCAUCAUUCGCAUUCUCCAGGCUCUUUCCUGAGCCAAUCGACAAAAUGCUUUCCGUUCCUUCCAACGUUUUCUACCAACUUCUGCUUCGAACCAAAUUUUGUCCCGAACUAAAAAGAGCGAAUGAAGUUACUGUAGAACCUUUAUUAACGUUUCGCUCGCAUGGCAUGAUAUCUGACCCAGAACGGCAUCGACGGAUUGCUUUGAAGGCUCUAAAUGAACGCUUCAUGAAAGCUGAUGGUUCUUUAAGGACACCAAAAGAAAUCGUUGAAUGGCCAAGCUUGAUCGAUCCUGAUGAUACACAAAAGCCAGGUAAAAACAUGCCAAAUGAAUCCAGUGUCAUCAUCGAGAUGCCAACUAUUUUGAAUCCUCCAAGUACUGAUACUUCAGAAACAUCUGACUCAUCUAAUGUGUGAAUGUUCAUUUCAGAUGAUUUUCACACAACUUAUUUAGGAGAUCUUAAGUUUUGUACCAUAGUGUUACUCUUUGCAUUCGCUUUAUUCAUUCAAUACCUUCUUAUAACUUGAUUUAUUUUAUUUUUUAUGUUCUAUUCGUUUCAGUGUAAUGCAAUGUAUUUUGUUACUGACUUUAGCAUCUUUUCUCUUGGAUGAUAUAUUUAUGACUUUUGAUUUAACACUCUGCUUUAGAUACUUGAUCAAGC